AUGACACUCGGAGGAUUAAAACCAGAAGUACACGCCGCCAAUGAUGAAAUUAGACAAGUCGUUGCCAAAGUUGCCGAUGAACUCAAAUCUAAAUUAAACACCACUGAAGUCGAACCAGUUUCAUACAAAACUCAACUCGUUGCUGGUACCAACUACUUUAUCAAAGUUAAGACCCCAGCUGGUUUUGCUCAUGCUCGUGUCUACAAAGAUUUACAACAAAACCAUUCAGUCCACUCCGUCAAAGCUGAUGGUAUCACCGAAGAAUCAGAAAUUGUUUAUUUCUAA